AUGGAAGUUCCACGAUGGAGUUCUGACAUCGGACAGGUUUUUCAAAGCAACGCUAUGGAAGACAGAAAACUGAAAGUUCAAAUCAACCGGAUAAAUUCGGCGAAGAAAGAGAAAUUGGAAAAGAUUGACCAAGAAAUGAUGUCUUUAAAGAAGCAAUUACUAGAGGAUCGCAAACUUCUCGGUACACGAAGCGAUAUCCAGAGACGCGAGGAUAAGAAUGCCACCAUUCUUGUGGAGAACUUAGACCAAAAACAUGUCUGUGUACAGCCCAAACUCAUUGGACUGCAAAAAGCAGAAGUCACGGAGAGUAAGUCUUUCAAGCCAAUUCAAGAGCGCUCCCGUAAUGAAAUCGCUGUGAAACAAAAUGAUAUUAGGAUGAGGCCAUCAAGACUGGUUUCAGUUGUGGGUGAAAAGAAUGACAACUUUGGUAGAAGAGGCGUGUCAUUUGAAGUGGAAAAGUUUGCGCCGUCUAGUUCAACUCCGGCACCUCGCUGUAGGGGCCGCCGUCAUUCCAUUGCAGAAAUAAACCUUAGUAAUUCCUUCAGCAAGAUUUGUACACCACAAACGAGUUCAGGAAACGCCACGACAAGAAACGAACAAAUAGGGAGUGGGAUAACAGGAGGAAAAUUAGAUCAUCCUCUUUUGCGUCAAAGAAGAGCGAGCCUGCCUUAUGCCCUGACACCAGAAAAGAGAGAGAAUUUGACAGCAUCGCCAAGACUAAAACCAAUUAGGUUUGUCCCAGACAAGCUCGCAAUAGAUGAAAGCAAAGCAAGCCUGAACGUAAAACUUGGAAACUUUAGCAGGCACGUGGAAGGCAGUAAUUUGAGGCGGAAAAGGAGGAAUUCACUGCCAAACUUUGAUAAUUUACCCUCGAGUAGAGAUUCAAUGGCAAGUAAGGAACGAUUGACGGCUAGGCUUGUUUCUAGAACAAAGCCAGCAAGUGCUAGACAACGAAAAAUGUCACCUAGUAGAAGAAUCUCAGCUUUUGGGAGACAGUUUAAGAAAAACCCGACACCAGUAACCGAACAAUCAAACGAAGGAGACUGUAAUGAAGAGGAAGAGAGUGAAUCGCUGGAAAGGAUAUCACAGGGCGAAGGAGAUAACGACAAGGAUAAAGAAACAGAAAGAGAGAAAGAACCGUCAGUUGCCCAGGAACUUUGCUUCAUUCCUAAGGCUACACUACAGGAAAAAAUGAACAAAUUUUUCUCAAACUGGGUGGAGGGCUGUGACGAAGAAACAAGAACUGAUAUAGAAGAGCUUCUACAAGAGUUUAGAAAAGAGAAAAGGGAAGGACGACAAGAAAUUAACGAAGAU